UCAUUGCAGAUGUUAUGAAAUGCUACGUUUAACUUUGAUAAUUUCGAAAUUAAUUUGCACUGCAGUAGAAGCUGUGAGCUAGGCAUCAUUAUCAUCAUGAUCUAACAGUAUACUGGAAACGAACAUCUGGCUUGCCAAACUUCUUACAGUGUACAUCAUGGGUUUUGUUGAUUACAUGGGACAAAAUAUAUGGCUACCUGUCUUGAUUGCUGUUGGGGUUGCAUUGAUUAUUCUUGUGAUAAUAUGGGUGAUUUGUAGACGUAGGGGACAGCGAAGGUAUAACCAGAUUAUCCUUGACGAAGAAAGAUCUUUGAUACAGAAAUGGGAUGAUGAGAAACGAAUGCAAAAGAUGGCAGAAAGGGAUGCAGUGUUGCUGAAUUGUUAUUACUAUCUUAAAGACUCGAAAAAGUACAGUUUUAUUGACCAUUUACCUGAUAUAGGAAGCCGAAUGAAUAAGCAAUGGUUCCUUGUACGUGACAGUAAGCAAGAAAUAAACGCUGUUUUAACAAUGGUACCAUGGAGUUUGCAGUGUACACUUACCUUUAACAAAGCGACAAGAAAAACUUUAAAAGAACUGUUCUCACUCUUGCAGUAUCCAUACUUGCUUCCCGUAAUGGAUGUAGACUUUGUGUUUGAACACAACCUGGUAAUGUUCAUCCAUCCAUUCAGAUCAGCAGGAUCACUAAAAGAUGUCAUUUAUGGGUCUCGUCCUCAGUCAUCAUGGGAAGACAAGUAUCAAGUGAAAGGAAAAUCUCUGUCAGUUACACAAAUUCGAAACUAUGGACGACAAGUUUUAGAGGCAUUGCUCUAUCUGAGGGAAAAGGGCCUUCCAGCUUGUGGUCACUUACAUUCUGGAAACAUUUUUAUAAUUAAUGGAAAUGCCAAACUGUCUGGCUUUGAAAACUCUCUGUUUGGUUGGAAAUCAAGACUCUAUCCUACCAUAAAGAGGCUUUUAAAAGACAAGCAAGAUGAUAUGGAAGUUAUUCAGUUUGGUCACCUUUUGUAUGAGAUGUUAGCAGGCUGGGAGUUAACCACGUCAGAACCAAAGAGAGAACAGCUGACGAAACUCAGAAAUGCACCAGUCGUAGAGGUUUGUAGAGUAUCUUAAUUUAUACUAUGUCACCAUAGAAAAUACAGUCAAUCAGAAUACAGGAAAGUCGUUGUAUACUCGACGGUAUUACACUCAACCUUCCCAUCGUGUGCUGCUCGUAUGUGGAACUGAUUUUGUUGGCCACUGUAUUUUCUAUGGCAUGAUAUAAAAUAGUUGAAGGUGAGUGUGUAUACCAGAAAAUACAAGUGACAAGUGGGAUAUUCCAUGGUAUAGCACGAGAAAGCGUUGAAUAACUAGUAUGUAUAUCUCUACGCUGCGUUUCUUCUAAAAGCAGAGGAAAGAAACGCAGAAGUUGUUCAUUGUUCACACAUUUAGUCGAUGGAUGGAUGGAUUUCUCAUGCAAGAAAUUAGUUAAAUGUUAAAUCAUGAAAUGAGUGAAUUAUUAUCACCUUAUUUUUUUUAGCCCCAAACUGCAGCACUACGGCGUAGUAUAGUAUAGUGAGACAAUUAUUUUGCGUGGUCUCUGGACUUCACUGAUAUGGUCAAAUACCAAAAAAUGUGUAUUGUAGAUGGUAAUCAUUACAUCGCGGUCUUUUAUAACGUACAUGUAAGAUGUGAAAAUCUUAUUAUAUGACCAUUAAUGAAUGUUAUAUGACCACUUAAUUGAUGAAAAACCGUCUAAUUACACCUUAUCUCUGGUAUCUGAGCAACAUAACUACGUUACUCGAAGUGCAUCCCUACAACACUUAAAUCCCGGUUUCUCCAGAAUAAAURUAAGGAAAUUUUGCC